AUGCCCGUCACUCCGCUCCUCGCCUCUGCGUCGGGGAUCACGUCUGAUAAGACAAUGAUGAUAGCUGCGAACAUCCUCGUGUUUAUGAAGCUCGACGGGCACAACAAUCCCGGCGCUGUGCGCGCCUUCUUUGCUGUACCCCAAGCAGCAGCAGCACUAGCACCGGUGGUAACAACACCACCAUCAGUAGUAGCAGUAGCAGCGCCGACAGCUGCAGCAGCAACACCGGUAGUAACACCACCACCACCAUCAGUAGUAGCAGCAACAGCGCCGACAGCUACAGCAGCAACACCGGUGACGGGCGACGAUCUGCCGCGCGCCGCCGGCGGCCCCGGCGGCGCCUGUGCGCGGUGCGUGUUCCUGCGCGAGGCGUGCCGCGAUGAGGAGGAUGAGGGGGCCAAGGGCAGGAGGAAGGUUAAGAGGGAGGGCGAGGGGGUGCUGGCUGGUGCGGGUGGAGAGGGGGGGAGAGGAGGAUGA